AUGAAGCAUCUUGCCCACCGCACUCUGCAGACCACCAGUCGAAGGUUGCUAAGCACCCAGAGCCGUUUCCAAGGGCAACAGCGGCUGCAUCUUCCUGUGAGUGUAGCCCCUAUGGUUGAUAUCUCCACACCGCAUUUCCUCGAGUUGCUACACCUCAUUUCCGGAGCACGCUAUGCCUACUACACCGAAAUGCACUUUUCAAGAGCCAUCAUUGAGCAUGCCCACAGACUCCAUUCGUUGAUUGGACCGCCACGAAGGAAUGUUGUUGUCCAGCUGGGUGGAUCUGACCCCAAAGAAAUGACCAGGGCAGCGACGAUAUUGGAAGAGCAAGGCUAUAGCGAGAUCAAUAUCAAUGUGGGAUGUCCCAGCAAGGCCGUACAACAUGGUCAAUUUGGUGCUGUCCUCAUGAAGACACCCAACGUGGUUGCCGAGAUUGUGCGAUCAAUGCAGCAAGCUGUUUCUAUUCCUGUCACUGUCAAAUGUCGUCUUGGUGUGGAUCAUCUCGAUUCAUUUGAUUUCUUGCACAACUUUGUCGAUACCAUCUACAAGAGCAAUACAAUGCCACAUCUCAUUGUCCAUGCACGUAAAUGUAUAUUGCGUGGUUUAUCUCCCAAACAAAAUCGGUCUAUUCCUCCUCUUGAUUAUGAUCGUGUCUUCCAACUUGCUGAUGCAUUCCCUGAUAUACCAAUUUCAAUCAAUGGCGGGUUUACUGAGGCUGACAAGGUUAAACAAGUGCUGAAUCGCCUGGAUGGAUGUAUGAUUGGGAGGAAAGUGAUGGACCAUCCAUUAUUCUUGCAGCAAUUAGACCAAGUUAUACAUGACAUCCCAUCGCAUGAGUUGAAACCCAUUGGGACCAUCAUUAAUGACUAUAUCGAAUAUGUCGAGCAAUUACCUUCUCAUCCAGUGCAUACAUCCAAAGCAGCAAGAUUACCACCAAUGACCAUCCUCACCAAACCACUAGCAAGUUUAUUCCAUGGAUAUCAGGGGCGUGCAUUUCGUCGACAUUUGGCGGAGGAACUUCGUAACCCACAACAAGGCAUAUCAAAGAUCAUAUACAAUGCAUUGAAUCGAGCAGAGAUUGUAGUAUAG